AUGAACGCCGCGCCCUUGCAGUCGACUACACACUUCUGGGACAAGUUGCCGCCAUGGGUUUCGAGUAAUCUCCGCGCGCGCAAGUCCUGGCGAAUGCUCCUCAGAUGCUGGUUUGCUUCCUGGGUCUCGUUCGUUAUUAUGCUCCCCGACGCGUCGCUCCGCACGCUGGGUAACACUGCCUUUUUUGCCCUUCUCGGAAGCAUGCUCGUCCCACCCAACAUGCCCGUUCAAGUGUUCCUCUUUGUUCUCAUGACAGUCGUUGUUGGGGUUUGUUUCGGGUGGGGAAUCAGUGCCGCCGCAAUGCGCGCUGCACUUGCGGUACGCAAUCAACUCCUCGUUGAACAAACGCUGCUGCGGGAGGAGCAGAGCGCCUCAGGUCUUGCAAAUCCUGACGUGCUGUUUGAAACCGGAAUUUUUAAUGGCGACUUUCUGGACACACGCUCAUCAGUCAUGUUUGGGGCCUUUCUGGCUGUGGCCUCAUUCAUUUUUGCACUUAUAAGAGCAUAUAUGCCACGACUGCUGAUCAUGAGCAUAUUUGGGACUAUAGCUGUAGACAUCUUCUGCAGCUAUGGUCCGCUAUUCCCGUUCGGAGAAUAUACGCUGUUAAAUUCAAUGCUGACUUCACUCGCGUGCUACAUCGGAAUUGCGGUCAUUGUAAUCAUAGUCAUAUUCCCAGAAACCCUCAAUCAUGCCCUUUUGACUUCUGUCUCUGGUCUUUUGUCUCAAAUUGAGACACUUGUACGUCUUCAGGACGACGUACUAAGCUCCCCGGUAGGCUCCCUGAUUGAGGAUGGCGCUGUGCUUCAGCGCGUGACGAGCACUAGAGAGGGGAUUAUAGCAACUCUUCGUGCAUUCAUUCCACAAUUGACAUUCAUCAAUCUAGAGUUUAGUUGGGGCAAGUGGAAUGGGGACGAUCUUAAAGCAUUGGAGGAGCCACUGAGUGUGGUCGUCAGCCGACUGUCGUCGCUGCAGUGCGUUACGCGACUGAUAGGACAGAGUCUACAUAUAUCCGAUUGCCGGGCAUCGACCUCAGACACGACGCCGACUCAGUCUCAACAUACGGAAACAGGUGACGCGCCGGUAUUGCGGGAACUUUAUGCGAGACAAGCUGGCGAAGUGCCCUUUGAGGACGUGUUAUCUUCGCUACGAGACGCCACACGCCCGGUUAGGGAAGCUUGCGCUCACACGGUUGUGGCUUGUGCCGCAGUCAUCGAGUCGAUCAAUACUCGGCGAUAUUCCCGGGACAGCACAGUACAUAUGGAUACACGCCUUGAAGCACUGGAUGUAGCACAAGAAGAGCUAGAGAGGUCGCUUAAAGCCUUUAAAAAUACAGAUCGGUUCGUAAUCCUGGAGCCAUUCGGCGCAAUCCUGGACCUCGCGGGGAAUCCGGCUAGCGAUGAAGGGGAGACGAAGAAGAGGAAGGGCGCUGCACCACUACGUGCACUUUAUAUUGCAUACACCUUCGCAGUGAAUGUCGUAGUCGUCAGUCAAGGAGUGAAUGCUUUGGCAGAGGUGAUUGGUGAGACCGCACGGAAGAGAAGGAGGAAUAGACUAUGGGCACCGAAAGGGCUGCGGACGAUUUGGAACGUCCUCUCGCAGAAAGAUGGCUCCACAGAAGAAGCGGUUGGAGAAGAUCCAGUCCGUCCGGAGGAGGAAGGCGAAGAGUAUAAAGAGGAAAAAGACUAUCGGCGGGACCCGGACGGCAGGCCUCCGAGGAAUGCUAUCCAGCACAUAUUCAAUGUUUUGCAUCGAGCGUUCCUGUGGGCUCAAACACCGGAGGCACUAUUCGCAUUCAAGUACGUAUUCGUCACCAUCGCGUUAUGGGUUCCCUCAGUGUGUCGCACCUCUACUCACUUCGUAUAUGCGGAGAAGAGCAUUUGGGCUUUGAUCAUGGCGCAGACCACUCUGAACAUCUACGCAGGCGAUCAGAUCUGGAACAUUAUGUUGCGACUAGCGGGGACUUUCGUCGGCCUUGUCUUUGGCUUGCUCAGCUGGUACAUCGGCUCCGGAAAUGGCCACGGCAGCCCAUAUGGAAUGGCGGUUAUCGUCGGCGUGUUUCUUAUACCCGUACUCUUUCUCCGAAUAUUUGCUCCUCCUCAGCUUUUGCCUGGAGUUAUGAUGAUUGGGGCGACAUGGGCACUUAUUGUGGGUUAUUCAUGGAUCGACAGCCACUUGCUGAUAUUCGGCAAUGUCGGUUUCGGUUGGCCGGUUGCCUGGAGAAGAUGGGUUCUCGUUGUGAUUGGGGCUGUUGCGUCGUUCAUCAUGAUGAUUUUGCCGCCCAGGUCUGCUCGCAAGUCCGUUCGGUUGCGCUGCGCAUCGACGACCGCCUCGCUCGCACACAUAUAUUCUCGCCUCAUGACAGGCUGGAUCCACGAAGCCGCGUCUGGCGAUGGGGACAAGGAAGGCUUAGGUUUUGCGGGUGAUCUUGAUUGGGCACGCGGGGUGCGAGAGCAGAUCAUCGGCGUUGCACAGAAAAUCCAGGCGCUAAAGAUGCAGACGACGUUGGCCAAAUUUGAGGGCAACUUACGUGGUGCAUGGCCGUACAAGGAAUACAGUAGACUGGUCAGUUUAGAAGCGGAGAUGUUGGCCAACCUUGCGAUGGUUGGUGGGUCAUUAGCACAGCUGGAUCACCAGGUCCGUAUUUCGUUACUCCGGCACACCAAGGUCCUCAAUCCAAACUUCAUCAGCGACGUCAUGUCCACUUUCUUGCUAGUUUCGCAGUCGCUUCGCACAGGCGAGCCAUUACACCAGACCCAACACCAAGAUCUUGUAGAUCGCGUUUUCUAUCAUGGUGAUAUGUCCCGCCCUAUCAACGACCCCGGCGCAGACGGCGGGGCAACUGCACGCUCCCCUCACCUGGAGAUUGUGACCAGCUAUGAGUACAUGUUCUACGCUAGUGGCGUCGCGGCCGUGUUUUUACUCCUUCACAACCUAACCGAGGCGCGCACUAUUACGGCAGAUUUGUGCGGAGAAGUCUCUCUUGUGAGCUGUGCCGCCGUAGAGUAUCCCUCUCCCGAUUAUCUUGUAUAUCAGAACGCCGCUAUCUACAAUUUCGUAGCAAUCCUCUUCGCAGCCGGCGUAUUUGUUCACGCGAGGGUUGCACCUGCUUAUGCCAGACUGGGGGAGAUCGUCAGCGUGCUGUCUGUGGUCCUGGUGGCUUUACAACUAAAGUGGUUCAAAGCACAGCUGUAA